UGUGUGGACGGUUCCAUCGUUUUACGGACACGAAACGAAGCCGAGGUUUGUGCAGAAUCUGGGAGGGUUUUCAUCAGAGUUUGUUUUGGUUCUCUUUAAAGAGAAAAACAUCACUGAACAUCUUCACUCCACCUUCGCACAAAUAUUAUAUAGCAGUGUACCGCCGUGCGUAAAAUGGUUCGCUCCACCUGCAGCCUGCUCUCGAUAAGCUCUUGAAAAGCUCUUUAAGUCCCUCAGUUUUAUCUCUGACUCACGGCAAAGAUGAGCUACGGAGACCGCUACACCUCGUCAUCCUACCGGAAGAUUUUCGGGGACUCUCCUCGGUUCCCCGUCUCCCCCUCUCGCAUGAGCGCUGCCUCUCCUCGGUUCUCCUCGGGGCUCAGGUCCAUGGCUGCGUCCCGCAACAGCUCCUCCUCCUCCCUCAGCCUGUACAGACGGGUCGGACGGUCCUCCGCCUCUUUCUCUCCGGUGCCGACCGACUCCCUCGACCUGAGCCAGACCUCUGUUGCCAACAAUGAACUGAAAGUCAUCAGAACUAACGAGAAGGAGCAGCUGCAGGGUCUGAACGACCGCUUCGCCAUGUUCAUUGAUAAAGUGCGGCACCUGGAGCAGCAGAACAAAGUGCUGGAGACGGAGCUGGUGACCCUGCGGCAGAAGCACAGCGAGCCGUCCCGCGUCGCUCAUCUCUACCAGCAGGAGAUGAGGGAGCUGAGAUCACAGCUGGAGGAGCUGAGCAGGGACAAGAACCGCAUCCUGAUCGAGAGGAACAACAUGGAGGACGAGCUGCAGAAGCUCAGUGCGAAGUAUGAUGAAGAGGUGAGGGCACGGGAGGAAGCUGAACAGACCUUGAAGUCGUUCAGGAAGGACGUGGAUGAUGCUGCAGCCGUUCGCCUGGACCUGGAGCGCCGGUUGGAUUCCCUGAUGGACGAAAUCUCCUUCCUGAAGAAGGUCCACGAUGAGGAGAUGCAGGAGCUGACCAACAUGAUGGAGGCGCAGCAGGUGUCCGUGGAGCUUGAGCUCGCCAAACCGGACCUCACCUCGGCCCUGAAGGAGAUCCGCAACCAGUACGAGUCCAUCGCCUCCAAAAACCUGCAGUCGGCCGAGGAGUGGUACAAGAGCAAGUUCGCCAGCCUCAGCGAGCAGGCAACCAGGAGCAACGAGGCCAUGAGGGCCAGCAGGGAGGAGAUCAACGAGUUCAGGAGGCAGCUGCAGUCCAAGACCAUCGAGAUAGAGACCCUGAGAGGAGCCAACGAGUCUCUGGAGAGGCAGAUCACGGAGAUGGAGGAAGCACACAACUCUGAAGUCACAGCCAUGCAGGACACUAUUGGCCACAUGGAUACUGAGCUGAGGAACCUGAAGGGUGAGAUGGCCCAGCACCUGAGAGAGUAUCAGGACCUGCUCAAUGUCAAGAUGGCCCUGGACAUAGAGAUAGCUGCCUACAGGAAACUGCUGGAGGGGGAGGAGACUCACUUUAACUCAGGGAUGUCGUUCAGCGCUGCCAGCUACAGCUACCAGCCUCGAGCCUCAGCCGGCUCCUCCAGGAGCAGCCAGAGGGAGAAAGAAGGAGCCACGAAGGAAAGCUUCAAGGAGAUCAGUGAGGAGAAGGAUGAGGCAGACAUCAACUCCAACAACUGAAGACAGACAGGCACGGAAACCUGGCAAGUGUGAAGACAUAUUCUGUAUAUGUAUCGUGAGUUUAUAGUAACAUACUGUAUUUUUGCCGCUGUGUAAGAUUGCACUGAAACCUCCUGUGUGCCAGGUGAGAAAAAAAGAUUCCUCAGACAGAGACUUUCAAAGAGAAAGACAAGAAAUGUUAGUGUAGGUCCACUUCACUGUUGUUGCUGUGUAUUGUCAACAAACCUUCAGUUUGGGUACAUAGGGUGUAUAGAGGAUUACAGUGUCUGUCGGCUUUUUCUUUGCACUGUUGUGUUUUGUUUUAUGGCAUUAUGAAGUGUAGAUGUUUUACCCAUUCCUAACAUAACCAGUGUUACAGACACAGAACUGUAUGUUGGAAAACCCUGUAGCGACAGAGAGAACAGCUAGCAUGGUUAUUCAUGAUCCAACGCAUCAAACAGUGCAUGUAGUCCAGCUGUUCAGUGUAUACACACCGACAGAACCUCUCACUGUUGUUUCAAUUGCACUGAA